CUCCCGCGGCUCCGCUUCCGCGACUCCGACAGGAAGUGGAAAAGAGGGAAUCCUGCCUAAAACCUACUUCACGGUGUUAUAGAGAAGAAGAUACAGAAAAUGAAAAUAAAAUUUGGUACUAUAGCACAAAGGUCCAGCUUGCAGAAUUAAUUGACUGUCUAGAGAAAGAUUAUUGGGAAGCAGAACUCUGCAAAAUUCUGGAAGAAAUGCGUGAAGAAAUCCACCGACACAUGGACAUAACCGAAGACCUGACUGAUAAGGUUCAGGGCAGUAACAAAUCCUUUCUGGCGGCAGCUAAUGAACCUAACAAGACAUGUGAGAGCAGUAACACUAGUGCUACCACUACCUCCAUGCGGCCUGAUCUGGAAUACAGUAACAGCAGUGAACUAAAUUCUUCCCAGAGUGAAUCUGCUAAGGCAGCUGAUGAUCCUGAAAAUGAAGAAAGAGAAUCUCAUACACCUGUCUCUAUUCAGGAAGAGAUAGUAGGUGAUUUCAAAUCGGAGAAGUCCAGGCGGGAGCUAAGUGAAUCUCCUGGAGCUGGAAAAGGAGCAUCUGGCUCAACUCGAAUCAUCACCAGAUUAUGGAAUCCAGAUAGCAAACUUAGUCAACUGAAGAGCCAGCAGGUGGCAGCCGCUGCCCAUGAAGGAAGUAAAUUAUUUAAGGAGGACAAAGAGAUGGCAUCUAACCAUGCCCCAGUGAUGCUUAGACUCAUUAUAGGCUCGGGGUGUAAUACAAAAAUCUGACGUAUUCCAGUUACACUGUAACUGAAAAAGGUAUUUUAAGUUCAUGAGCCUAUCUCCCAUUCAAGCUUUCCAAAAACGAAAGACAUUUCUUUUCUUGUCUUUUCUUUCUUCCUUCUCUUUUUCUU